GCCACUGAAUGGCGUUGAAAUGCAUCCGCUACACGACCACUCUCUCGACCACUCUCGACUUCGACAGUCUCGACCACUGUUCCCCGUUGAUCAUUCCGAUUUCUGAAUCGAGAAAUGAGCUCCCGCGGAAAAUUGGAGACCGAGAAGUUGAGGAACAAUUUGGAGGCACAAUUGGACAGGCUCGUACAACAAUUGGAAGACAUAGAAGAGAAUCGGUAAUUUCGUUUCGCGGAACGAAUUUCGAUCGUCCUUUCGCGUUCUCUCACGUUCUCGCGUUCGACAGGAGUCUCUUGGACGCGGCUGGUUACGAGGAAGCUGUGCGACUCACCAAGGACGAUCUACAAGAAUUUAACGAGAGUCUACAGAGGAUGAUAACCGGCGAUACGACGUUGGUCGAUCAAUUGGGCGCGAUACAAUUGGCUACUCGAGCUGCGAUCGGUGAUACCUUCAAGACUCCUGCUGUCAUCCGAAUGUUUGGCAAACGAGAGACGUCGCGGCUUAGAGAACGUUUGAAUCGUAUCGACUGCGAUGCGAAACUAGGGAGACUGACCGAGGAAGCUGCCGAUCGUCAACGUGCAGAGGUGCUGAGUGCGUUGAGACAACUCGGGGACAAGUUGGAGCCUCGCGAACUCCGGCUCUUGGAGAGACUGACGUUCAGUACUAUCGACGCGACCAGCUAUGUCCGAGUAGAGACAGAGAGCACUGACGGAGGUAGAAUGGCCAUGGCAGCGGUAGGCGAUGAAGUCAGAACUCGAGAUACUUGAUUCUCCGCGAGCUACCAACGUGAAUUAUUCUCCACUUUUCGUGGGAUCUAUUCGCGUGGAACGUGAGAACGAACGUGGCGACAAGUACGAACCGGUGAGAAUGAUCGUUGACUGGUGAAACGACCGAGACUGAUAAUUUUUUAGUGCGAGUUCGAUUUUAUUCGCAAGACUGUACGGUAAUCGGUAAAUAUAUGAUACACUGUGACGUCUUCGAUGUA